UCGCCGCCAUCUUGAGCUAGAGAAAAAGUGUGUUAGUUGUCUUGUCUUACCAGGUCUUUUUCUCAAACACAGCAUGUCUGAUAGCGACGAUUCACAAUAUUCGGAUGAGGAAGGCGAGGAUAUCACUAAGGAAGAGGAUGAUGAAGAAGUUGAUGAUGACGAAGAAGACGAUGAAGAGGAUUACGAUGAAGAUGAUGAGCUCUACGAUGACAGACAGAGAAAGAAGAAAAGGCGUCAUAAUGCUGGGUUUAUCAUAGAUGAAGCAGAUGUUGAUGAUGAUUAUGAUGAAGAUGUUGAACCUGAAGAUGGAUACACAGAUUUAAUUGAAAAUGAUUUAGGUGAUGAAGCAAUUGGUGAUGAUUUAUCGGGUGCCAGACGUUUACAGCAGAUGCUUGGAGACAAAAAUGCUGAAGAAUUGGAGGCUUAUUACAAGAAGAAGUUUGCUGAGACAUCUGAAAGAUAUAGAGAUGACUAUGAACUGCAGCCAGAGAUUCAACAGCAAAGUCUUCUCCCUGGUGUCAAAGACCCAAAUUUGUGGACUGUGAAAUGCAAGAUUGGAGAGGAGAAGGCAACAGUCAUUGGCUUGAUGCGAAAAGCCAUUGCUCAGCAAUUCACUGAUGAACCUCUGCAGAUCAAGUCAGCUGUGGCUGUAGAGGGACUGAAGGGGUAUAUCUAUAUUGAAGCUUACAAACAGACUCAUGUCAAACAGGCUAUAGAAGGGUUUGGUACUCUGCGACUUGGUAAGUGGCAGCAAAUGAUGGUACCAAUUCGUGAAAUGACUGAUGUGAUGAGGGUUGUUAAAGAAGUCGUGUCAGUUAAACCAAGACAAUGGGUUCGAUUGAAGAGAGGAAUCUAUAAGGAUGAUCUUGCUCAGGUGGAUUUUGUGAAUACAGCAAGAAAUCAGGUGACACUGAAGAUGAUUCCUAGAAUAGACUACACAAGAAUGAGAGGAUUAGCUAAAUCAGCUGAGGACGCUGUGGAAAAGAGAAAAAGGAAAAGGAAGCCACCACAAAAGUUAUUUGAUGCUGAUGCCAUAAGGGGUAUUGGUGGUGACAUUGGACAGGAUGGUGACUUCAUGAUCUUUGAAGGCAGUCGAUAUCGUGGUGGCUUCAUGUACAAGACACUGGCCAUGUCAGCUAUUGUUGUAGAGGGCAUUAAACCCACUCUGUUAGAGCUUCAGAAAUUUGAAACAGCACCUGAAGAUGUGGAACUGGAAGUACCAAAAGGUUCAAGGGAAGGUUCAGAUGAGGAAAGACAUACUUUUGUGACUGGUGAUGUGGUCGAAGUUGCUGAAGGGGAUUUGGCAAAUUUAAAAGGCACAGUUCUUAGCAUUGAUGGAAACAAAAUCACCAUAAUGCCAAAACAUGAGGACCUAAAGGAUCCAUUAGAAUUCCAGGCACAAGAACUGCAAAAACACUUCAAGAUGGGUGAUCAUGUCAAGGUUAUAGGUGGUCGGUAUGAAGGGGACACUGGUCUGAUUGUUAGAGUGGAAGAUAAUAUGGUGGUACUUUUUGCAGAUCUAACAAUGCAUGAGCUCAAAGUUUUACCCAAAGAUCUUCAGCUAUGUACAGAAAGGAGCAGUGGAGUGGACUCCAUGGGACAACAUCAGUGGGGAGACAUGGUCCAAUUGGAUCCUCAGACAGUGGGAGUUAUCAUUCGUCUUGACAGGGACAUGUUUUCAGUGUUGAAUCAGCAUGGAAAAGUUAUUCAAGUAAAGCACCAGGCAGUGGGAAGAAGAAGAGAAAACAAAAACGCUGUAGCAUUGGAUUCUGAACAGAACACUGUUCAAGUCCGAGACAUAGUGAAAGUCACUGAAGGUCCGCAUGCUGGUCUGCAAGGAGAGAUCAAACAUCUUUACCGCAGUUUUGCCUUUUUAUCCUCCAAGAUGGUCAUUGAGAACGGUGGAGUCAUUGUAUGCAGGACGAAACAUCUUGUUCUGGCGGGGGGUGGAAAGGCGGCUUCAAAUACGUUAGGAAUCAGUGGAUUUGCCCCAGCUUCACCACGAAUAACGAGUCCCGCCAGAGAAGGAGCUGGCGGAGGUGGUGGUGGCGGCCGAGGUGGACAUAGAGGAGGCAUGGGUCGGGGACGUGGCCGCGGAGGUCGCGAUAUGUCGCUGAUUUCCAAGACUGUUCGAAUCUCACAAGGGCCAUAUAAAGGAUAUGUUGGUAUCGUGAAAGAUGCUACAGAAACUACUGCUCGGGUCGAGCUUCACAGCAGCGUAAAGACGAUUUCUGUCGACAGAAUGAGACUCACUAUCGUUGGUGGUCGACCCAGCCAAGGCAGCUCUGUUUACAAGAGUACUCCUAUGUAUGGCUCCCAGACACCAAUGUACGGUGCCCAGACUCCCAUGCACGGCUCACGGACGCCCAUGUACGGUUCUCAGACCCCAACUCAUGGAGAUGGAAGCCGCACGCCACAUUAUGGCUCAAUGACGCCUUCGCACGAUCCUUCGCGCACUCCGCUUCACGGAGGAGCCUGGGAUCCCACGCAGCCAAAUACUCCAGCGCGCAACGAUGACUUCGAUUACAAUUUUGACACGUCUACCCCUUCCCCUGGGGUCUAUGGAACUCCCAACCCAGCAACUCCAGGGGGAUACGGCGGCCCGUAUACUCCCAAUACCCCCGGUGGUGGGAUGUAUGGCUCGGAGCCCACUUACUCUCCGUACACACAGACCCCAUCUCCGGCCGGAUUUGGUAAUCCCAUGACCCCUGGGAGUAUUGCUCCAAUAUCACCGGCAUUUAAUCCACACACCCCUGGGGCCGGCAUGGAAGAGUCGCACGCUGACUGGGUCACGACUGAUAUCGAAGUGCGAAUUAAUGAAAACCACGAGGACCCUCAGUUGAUGGACAAAAAAGGCGUGGUCAGAACUGUGUCGGGAAACACGUGCACCGUGUAUCUGUACGACGAAAAACGGGACGUCAGUGUUUCAAUUAACAAUGUGGACCCUGGUCAACCAGCUAAGCAGGAUAAGGUGAAAGUCAUCUUUGGAGACGAUCGUGAACGCAUAGGAACUCUGAUCAACAUCGACGACCCGGAUGGGAUUAUUAAGAUGGAACAGACAGAGCAGCUCAAGAUUCUACCGCUCAAAUUUUUAGCUAAAAUUGGACAAACCGUUUGAGCUCAAAUUUAUAAUCAUUAUGUUCAUUGCACUCCCUUGUAUUGUGAAAUGGAGUUUAAAAUGUGAAAUGGAGUAUACAUCUAAACUCAGGCGAUUGGGAUCACACAGGAAAGGGAAGUCUGAUAAACUGUAGCUUUAUUUAGAUGUCAGACCGAAAUAACCAAAUAAAGGUGUUUCUUUAAUGAAUACUUGUAAUUCUUGUUCAACUAUCUUAAUAAAGUUGUCAUUC